AAUAAUCCGAUGAACAUUUUUGUUUUAAUUCUUUAUUGUUGGUGAACGCUAACAGCGUACAACGGUUGGCUUUAGAAUACGAAAAGCAUACCCUUUUUCUUUGUUACCCAGGCUUUGCCCCUUACCGCGGAAUCGACCGACGGUCUCUGCUGUCAUAACUAAAAAGCAACAGAAGAAAGCGUUGGAGGGCUACUUUUGUGCACAGUGACCAGUAACUAUCGGAACCGGUGCGGUUCACUGUACGGAAUGGCUAGAACCAUCGACGCCGAUCACGCUGAUUUAAUACACGAUGUCGCUUUUGACUUCUACGGUCGACGCCUCGCGACUUGUUCGUCGGAUCAGAAUGUAAAAAUCUUUGACCUACAGCCAGAUGGAGACUGGAAGUGUACUGGUAACUUUAAAACACAUUCGGGUAGUGUUUGGAAAGUUACAUGGGCUCACCCUGAAUUCGGACAGGUUAUUGCAACGUGUUCCUACGAUCGAACAGCUGCCAUUUGGGAAGAAUGUCCAGUACUUGGCAAAUGGCUUCGUAAAGCCUCAAUAGUCUGUGCUCAAGCCACAUUAAAAGACAUAAAAUUUGCGCCAAAACAUCUUGGAUUACAGAUAGCUACAUGUUCUGAAGACUGCCGUGUUCGGGUUUAUGAGGCUCCGGACGUGAUGAACCUUUCGACAUGGCCUCUCCAGGGAGAUAUCGAUUGUAAAAUGCCACUAAGUUGUUUGACGUGGCAUUCAAAUGCCACACCGGCUCUCAUCGCUGUCGGCAGCGACGACACCAGCAAUCCCACAGCCCCCAAGGUGCAUCUGUACGACUAUAGUGAAACCUCACGAACAUGGACACGUCUUGAGUCGGUCUGUAUCACCGAUCCUGUUCAUGACAUGGCGUUUGCUCCGAACAUGGGGCGCAGCUUUGAUCUUAUUGCUGUUGCCUCAAAUGACGUUAAACUGAUUGCAUUGACAAGAAAUCCAAAUAAGAGUCCUACCCUUGAGACUCGGCUUAUCGGCGAAUUUAGCGAGCACCAGAAUGCUGUGUGGCGUCUUUCCUGGAACAUUUUUGGCACAGUUCUCGCCUCAUCGGGCAAUGACGGCUACGUUCGUCUAUGGAAAGCGAAUUACGCCCAACAAUGGAAAUGUAUUGUUACUGUAAACGGCAGUGGCCAGCAGGUCGAUACCGAGAGCGGAUUUGUCCACGCUGGGAACUCUAUUUCGUACUCAAACGCCGCCCUCGUUAAACCAAUUCAAGCUGGAUCCAUACAUUUCUGAGAUUACAGUUUUAUUUUUAUAUUUCUCAAAUUAAGUUCAGAAAUGCACAGCCCCAAUAUGGUUAAUGUUUUUUUCUUGGAGGUACACUAACGCAUCACAGAUUGCGCAGUUUUCCUAAAAUACAUAAUAUUAUGUUUUCUCAAGAAGGAAAGGGGGAUUAAAAGUAAGAGAAAUGCUGUAUCGCAAACGACGAACGCGGGGUUACUUCUAUAUCUAUAUCAUUUUAGAUAUAAGAAAACUUACUCCUUAAAAUACCUUACCCUAUGCAUGCAAAAAAACAUUAUUGGACGAGGUGAUGGCGAGAAAAGCUAUAAAGCAGUCUGGUGCUGCUAGAAAUGUGAGUGCUAACUCACACUCGGAUUUUCCGCUAAUGGUCUUCGUAUAUAUACGGUAACUGAUAGAUUCUUGUAAACUGAAUAUAGGUUGCCCGCUACAUAUAAAAUAAUGGACUUUUAGAUUGGAAACGGAUAAUUGAGUAAUAAGAUCUUCAUCAGUAAUCAUUAAUAUGAGACAUUCGGCAAACGAUAUAUAGUGUUAAGAACUGGAUGAGAAUAUAUGGACAUUGUCCAUACACAAAACUGUAAUCGUAAGUUUUCUUCACAUUUUACUUGCUAAUGACCUCAUUCCUAAUGCCGGUAAUAUCUUUAGGGAAAAUUGGCGCGGGAAAAUUGCGUAUUUGCUAUUAUUUGAAUCCUAGCUGGAUACCCGCUGUAUAAUAACGAUGU